AUGGCUAUCUUUGCGUGGUGUACCCGGCGCUCUGGCGGGUUGGCGAUGAUAACUCUGGCGGCCCUCAGUUGGCUAGUCUUGUCGAGGGAAGCUACAGCAAUUCGGUAUGGCUACAAGUACCAGCCCAAGGACAGCCUCAGCGCACCGAGCUAUCACCAGGAGGGCGGCGGCAUCUGGACGAUCAUCUGGGCCUACUACUGCUUGUUCAUCCACGUUCUGGUCUUUGCGUUCCCUCUCCGCGCCAUCUGGGCCAUCUGGGACCUCACGAGCAACCUGCAAAAGACGGUUCACAGCAAGACACUCAAGGACUUCAAGUUUGGUCGCGCCCGCCGUGGAUCUUCGACCUCGCUCUCCAGCUCCGAGACUCUGACUUCCUCGCGCGCCUCCUCGACCUCUUGCAGCGAAAUCGGCGACCUCGAGCCCGAAUACUUUCCCGACGGCGAUGCUGUCGCAACCGAUCGUGUCGUUCACGCAGUUGUCAUUCCCAACUACAAGGAAGAGAUGGAUACUCUCAGGGAGACAUUGGACGUCCUGGCCUGUCACCCCCAGGCCCGCGACUCUUAUGAUAUCUACCUGGCCAUGGAACAGCGCGAGAACAAUGUGGAGCUCAAGGCCAUGUCUCUGGUCUCGGAAUUUGUCAAGAAGUUUCGCUCAAUUGACUUCACCCUGCACCCGGCCGACAUUCCGAACGAGUCCCCUGGCAAGGGAAGCAACAUGGCCUGGGCUGCGCGUAAACUGAGCGAGAGAUACCCGAUGGAACAGCGCAAGGAUGUGAUCGUCACCGGGAUUGACGCUGACAGUCACCUUUCGUCCAACUACUUCGCUCUGAUCACCUCCAUGCAUCUGGCCAAUCCCGAAACCGCAAAUACCACCCUGUAUUCGGCUCCUAUCGUCUUUGACCGCAAUGCGCACAACGUCCCCGCCAUUGUCCGUGUCGCCGACAUCCUCUGGUGCGCUGCGGGCAUGUCCGGUCUUUACCGUGGCUCGACCAUUGCCCCGCCGACUUCCGUGUACUCGCUUCCCCUCGAGCUCGUCGAUCGUGUGGGUGGCUGGGACUGCGAUCCCGAGGCGAUUGGCGAGGAUCUGCACAUGUAUCUCAAGUGCUUCUUCGCGCUCAACGGCAACCUAACCUCCCGGACCAUUCUCAGCCCUGUCAGCCAGACCAACGUCACUGCCGGCGGAUACGGAAAGGGUGCUAAUGGCCUGGCCUCGGAUAUGCAAGCUCGGUAUAAGCAGGCUCUCCGUCACAUGUGGGGUGCUCUCGACACUGGCUUUGCCCUGCGCAAGGUUGUAGAGCUCUGGCGCGAGAGGAAGCACACUUCGAGGGCCUUCCGACCGCUGCACAAUUCUCUGAAUGACACCACCGACGGCUAUGUUCCCCAGAACCACCUGGACAACCUCGACCCUGAGCGCCCUGUCGAGAGCGGCAUCUUCUCCGACGUCACGCAUGACACGCUGAAGAACCCUGACUAUCUCCGGAUCCUGUACCUCUUCCACCGCCUCUUCGAAGCUCACUUCCUGCCCGUCCACAUGACUAUCUUCGUCAUCACCACGACCCUCUACAUGUGGAUCACCGACGGCACAUCCGACGUCCACGGGAUCGGCUGGAUUUUCGAGGUGUGCAAGUAUCUGAGAACGCUGGGCUUCAUGGAGGUUGCGCUCUACCUGUUCAUGUAUGAGGGCUUCCACAAGCUCGCGGUCGGCGUUCGACAGAAGGAGAUGGACGAGGCCGGUCUCGCCAAGGGCAUGAACUUCUCCCACCGCGAAGUGAAGAAGAACUUUAUCGACUACGUCAUGGUGCCCCUGGUGGCUCCUAUCUUUGGUUCUAUUCCUUGCGCUCAGGCACAGAUCUGCCAUUUCUGGACGCAGGAGCUGGUCUAUACCGUCAGCAAAAAGGUCACUCGGCAACGGGCGAAGUCCAUUGUGACCGGCGAGAAGGUUUAA